UUAUUGUUCUGCAGCUGAAAUCGCUUCCUAAUUCGUUGCAUAAAUGGAUUGAAAACUAGGGAAGGUUUUGGUAGAAAGUAAGAUUUUUAGAGGGAAAUUACACGAAGACGUUUGUCACACGAAGAACGCAUAAGGCUCGGCAAAGAUGAAGAUCCGGCUUUUAUUGUUUUUGUGCUUCACCACAGAACUCAUGGUGUCAACAUUCGUUGACGCUGCCUAUCCUUUGAACAAAGAUGAAUGCAUUCAAACGCACAACAAAUAUCGGAAGAAACAUCAGGCUCCUGACAUGAAAUGGUCUGCGAAACUAGCCAGUGAUGCACAAACGUGGGCGAACUAUCUCGCACGAAAUAAUAUUUUCAAACACGACCCAAGUAAGACGAACCAAGGAGAGAAUCUUUACGCAAGUUCUGGAGACAGCCAAAAUUCUUGUGAACGCGCAACUACAGCAUUCUAUAACGAAAUCAAAUACUACGAUUUUAAUAACCCGGGAUUUAGUAAAGCCACCGGACACUUUACCCAGGUAGUAUGGGUGAAAUCGACAGAGCUUGGAGUUGCUAAAGCCGAGAGAUCUAAUGGCGGUACGGUGCUGGUAUUUCGGUACUCACGACCAGGAAACUACCUCGGGCAGUUUGCUCAGAAUGUGAAACCAGUGUUCACACCUGUACCGAGUCCUACAGAACCACAACUUUCAUCGACGACAAUAACACCGACCAGCAACUAUACAGAAACAACUGGAUCGGCAGCGGGACGCCAUAGAACAACAUUGACGAGCGUACUGACAUUUGUAGUUGUUUUUACAUUUUUUCAGAGCUUGUAUUUUUGCAAUAUAACUCAACGAUAUACACCGUUUCAGAAAGCGAAGAUGAAUGAUGCUUUGUUAUUUUUGUGCUGGACAGCAGUAAUAGUGACCACAGUUGAUGCGGCUUUUCCUUUGAACAAAAGUGAAUGCAUUGAAUGGCACAACAAAUAUCGUACGAAACAUCAGGCACCUAACAUCACCUGGUCCGCACAACUGGCCAGCGAUGCACAAAAGUGGGCAGACGAACUCGCAAAAAAUAACACAUUCGAGCACGACAAGAAUAGAGGGAGCCAAGGUGAGAAUCUUUACGCAAGCUCUGGAGACAGCCAAAAUUCUUGUGAACGUGCGACUACAGCAUUCUAUAACGAAAUCAAAGACUACGACUUUGAUAACCCGGGUUUCAGCGCAGACACUGGACAUUUUACCCAGGUAGUGUGGGUGAAAUCAACUCAACUUGGAGUUGGCAAAGCUGAGAAGACUAAUGGUGGAACAGUGCUGGUAUUUCGUUAUACACCACCAGGAAACUAUCGUGGGCAAUUCUCUGAGAAUGUGAAGCCAGCCCUUGGCUCAGCAUCUCCGCUAACAGCACCACCAACUAACUGCUUCGCACUUGCAUUUGGAGUUGCCCUAUCAGUUUUAACGAAAGCAUUGAUCUAGACACUGGUUAAAAGUUGUCAUACAGGUGUAUGUCGUAGUGAACGUAACGUAUUUGUUUAUGUCCUAAGAAUUAGUUCAGGUUGCUUCGGUAUAAUGCAGUUAGCUUGCCGAAUAAAGCAACAAUUGUUCAAAAUUUAGUCCUUAGUUCAAGAUAUUUAAUCAUCACUAGAUAAACGUGUAAAAAAUAAUGCAUCAGUACUGUAGCAAGCAUUUGCAGCGAUGAGGCACUAAAUAAUCAAUGUAAUAAACAUUUUGGUGAAUAAAAUUUGUCUUGCUUCGUGGUCGCACUUGACCAGUACACAA